UCGUUUCAUUGCGUGUACUUACACAUCUAAUAAAUUCUCGAAUCAUUUAACAUCAAUUAUUUGUUUACUUGGAAAAGGAUCUUUAUUACCUGAGCUAUCAUCGUUAAAACAUUUUGUGCAUAAUUAUUACUUCUAAUACUCGCAGAUAGCGAACUUAUGUUAGACGUCGUACUGCGAAAUGUGUCGAGUAAUUUGCAGCCUGUUCCAUAUGCGAUAUCUCCCACAGCAGUAAGCAAGUAAAGGAGAAUUACGUAUUCAAACGGGAUUCGAGAGAAAACUCUCAGGCUGUUAUUAGUGUUGCAACAGGGAUUAUUUCAUAUUUUAUUUCUUUCGUACUAAGAAUACGCAAGUAACUGAAUGCUACUGAACUAUUACCCCUACACGAUUUCUUUAUUAGUUUCAUUAGAAUUCUCGCGAAUUAUUUCAAAGUAAAGCGUUCUGCUUGAAGACAGAACGUUGUGAUCUCUUGACACGAUAGUCGGCUUUAAGUUCGCGUCGGUAUGUUUCGAAAUGUAGCGCCAAAAACGGCGAUAGCUUUUACUCAAUUUAUCCUGGGAUUAUCCUGUUGUUGGCCGCUUUCAUCGAAAGCUACAAAGUUUCAGAUACUUUGCUUCAAAAUCUUGAGAUCCGCGUUAUUUCUCAAUGCACUUUUACUCUUUUGUCCUUUGUUGUAUGCAAUAUAUGUGCACCGCUAUGAUACAGUAAUGCUUUGCAAAGCAAUUUCUUUGGCACUUGCUGUUUUACAAGUACUUCUGCAUUCCUUCUACUGUUUCAAUCAGUAUGACCGAUAUCAGCGAUUAAUCGAAGAGAUGAAAUCUUGCUGUAAGGAAGCAAAUUCAUACGAGAGACAGGUCUUCCAACGAUACGUGGACAAGUACGCUAUAUACUAUGCGGCAUCUGCAGCUUGGUUCUAUUGGUGCGGUGCAAUUGUUCCCAUCGGAACGUUCUUCUUACCCGAUCCCUUUCCAACGAAUGCAGAAUAUCCGUUCCCAGUUGAUUCUGAACCCGUGAGGAGCAUUAUUUUCUUGCAACAAUCGCUCGUGGGUAUGCAGUGCUCGUCACUUCUGUGCACUAAUAUACUUUGCGCGUUACUGUUGCUCUUCGCUGCAGCGCGCUUCGAGAUUUUAAUGGUCGAAAUACGUACCGCUAAGAGUGUUAAAUCGUUGAUAAAAUGCGUAAAAAAAUAUUAUACUCUGAGAAGAUACGCAGAAGAAGUGGCGAACACAGCUCGAUAUACAACUCUGAUUACGCUAUGCAUCUGUGGCGUAGAAAGCGUAUUUGCUGGUAUCAUUUUUAUCGGACGACAACCAUUUACUCUGAAACUUCAAUUUGUUACGGUAUCUGUAACUGUGCUGUUGGCGGUAUUCAUGUGCGCGUGGCCAGCUGACAACUUAAUAGAUGUAAGUGGAAAUACUAUGCGUGCUGUUUACGAAUCUAAAUGGUAUGAACAGCCUUUGAGGAUACAAAAAUUUAUAUUGUUCAUGAUGAUUCCACAAUCUCCGGUGAUCUUAAGAAUCAGGUGUAUCAUUCCAGCCUUCUCAUUGAACUAUUAUUGCUCGUUCAUCACAAACGUGCUUUCUAUGUUUACAGCUCUACGAGUUGUUAUGUAUCAAGAUGAAGAUUGAGUAGUUGACGAUAUUUGGCAAUCAUUUGUGAAU